AGGGGUGGGGGGGAGGCGGCGGCGGCGGCAGCGGGCUUGUGCUCGGGCUCCGGCUCCCGCUCCGGCUCCUCCGUCCCCGCCCCCAGCCUGGGCUGCAGGGAGCCGGGGGCCGCGGCGCAGCCACGCGGAGCAGCAGCCGAGGGUCAUGAAUAAGACAUGGGAAGGUUGUGCAGAGCCAAGCUGCAGGUGCUGAGCCUCCUGGCCAGAGCAAGCAUCCUCCCUCAGAGUGAAGUGGACCGGGUUUGCCGCCUCCUCUGUCAUUUCUCUGGCAGGAAUCCUUCUCCUGACUUUGAAGUCCUAGAGUCCAGGCCUCUUUGUGACCUUGGGUGCCGGUGAGAAUGGUGGCAAGGCCCUAGACCAUGCUGCACACCAUGACAUGUUGGCUGCAGCUCCUGAGCCUUCAUCUGGUGCUCCUGAGCGGGGCCCCGGGGGCGGGCUGCCCGGCCCGCUGCGAGUGCGUGCCGCAGCUCCGCUCCGUGGUGUGCCACCGCCGGCGCCUCACGGCCAUCCCCGAGGGCAUCCCCACGGAGACCCGCAUCUUGGAGCUGAGCCGCAACCGGAUCCGCUGCCUCAACCCCGGCGACCUGGCGCCCUACCCGCUCCUGGAGGAGCUGGACCUGAGCGAGAACAUCAUCGCGCACGUGGAGCCGGGGGCCUUCGGCAACCUGCUGCACCUGCAGACGCUGCGCCUGCGCGGCAACCAGCUGAAGCUGAUCCCCCCCGGGGUCUUUACCAAGCUGGGCAACCUCACCCUGCUGGACCUGAGCGAGAACAAGCUGGUCAUCCUGCUGGACCACAUGUUCCAGGACCUCAGGAGCCUGAAGCGGCUGGAGGUGGGCGACAAUGACCUGGUCUUCAUCUCGCAGCGGGCCUUCUCCGGGCUGCUGGCCCUGGAGGAGCUCACGCUGGAGCGCUGCAACCUCACCACGCUCUCCGGGGAGUCCCUGGCGCACCUCCAGAGCCUGGGAGCGCUGCGGCUGCGCUACCUGGGCAUCCCGGCGCUGGAGGAGCACAACUUCCGGCGCCUGCCCGGCCUGCUGCACCUGGAGAUCGACAACUGGCCCCUGCUGGAGGAGGUCACAGCCAGCAGCCUCCAAGGCCUCAACCUGAGCUCGCUGUCGGUCACCUACACCAACAUCAGCGCGGUGCCGGCCGCGGCCCUGCGCCACCUGGCCUACCUCACGUCGCUCAACCUCUCCUUCAACCCCAUCAGCACGGUGCCGCGCGGCUCCUUCCGGGACCUGGUGCGGCUGCGGGAGCUUCACCUGGCGGGGGCCCUGCUGGCCGUGGUGGAGCCGCAGGCCUUCCUGGGCCUGCGCCAGAUCCGCCUGCUGAACCUCUCCAACAACCUGCUGGCCACGCUGGAGGAGAGCACCUUUCACUCCGUCAACACGCUGGAGACGCUGCGCGUGGACGGCAACCCCCUGGCCUGCGACUGCCGCCUGCUCUGGAUCGUGCAGCGGAGGAAGACGCUCAACUUCGACGGGCGGCUGCCCUCGUGCGCCACGCCGGCCGGGCUGCGCGGGGACGCGCUGCGGGAGCUGCCCGACUCGGCCCUCUUCGAGCACUUCGUCUGCCGCAAGCCCCAGAUCCGCGAGAGGCGGCUGCAGCGCGUGUCGGCCACCGAGGGCCAGGCCGUGAGCUUCCUGUGCCGCGCCGAGGGCGAGCCCGAGCCGCGCAUCACGUGGCUGACGCCGCAGCACCGCGCCGUGACGGCGGCCAGCGGCGGCCGGGCGCGGGUGCUGGGGGGCGGCACGCUGGAGAUCCGGGACGUGCGGGGCCCCGACAGCGGCACCUACGUCUGCGUGGCCAGCAACGCCGGCGGCAACGACACCUACUUCGCCACGCUGCUGGUGAGCCCCGGGGCCAACCGGACCCUGGGGCCCGCCGAGGGCGCCGACCUGGCGGCGCGCAACGACACGCAGCCCCCCCGCUUCCCCCUGGACCUCACCACCAUCCUGGUGUCCACGGCCAUGGGCUGCAUCACCUUCCUGGGCGUGGUCCUCUUCUGCUUCCUGCUGCUCUUCGUGUGGAGCCGGGGCCGCGGCCAGCACAAGAGCAACUUCUCGGUGGAGUACUCCUUCCGCAAGGUGGACGGGCCGGCCGCUGCGGCCGGCCAGGGGGGCGCCCGCAAGUUCAACAUGAAGAUGAUCUGACUCCUUCCAGCCGCCUGCCCCGCCGGGAGGCCCCAGUCCUCUCUCCGGCUCCCUCGGGGCCAAGGGCCGGGAGCCCAGCCCUGCCUUUGGCUAGCCCCGGCCCAAGGGCCUCAGUUUGCUUCUCCGUAAGGGGGGAGGGGAGACCAAGUGGGCCCUCGCCCUCCGGGGCCCCUUCCCACCUUGUCAUCCUUCUCCCUGUUAGAGAGUAGGUCUCCAAGGGGGAAGGGGAAGUUGUCCCCCCAGGGGCCCCUCGGCUGGGGUGACUCCGUGUAGGGAGUCUCCCAUCUCCCCACCUCCUCCAGGGUCUGGGGGAGUGUCUCCCCACACCUUAACCUGGGUUUUUAAAAAAAUAGUCAACUAUGCAUUUCUCAAAGGGUGGGGAGCAAGCGGGGAGGCACAGCCAGCCCUUGGUGGAGGGGGUUUAUCUCCUUCUCAAAAACAGAAAAAACGCCUUUGGGCAGAAAUGCUUUUUUCCCCAAGGAUGCAUUUCUCAAGGCUUUUCAGCCAAGGUCUUCUGACCGCUGACAGGGCUGCAACUCCCGGUAAAACAGGGGAGGAUCCCUUCCCCUUCCCUGUCCUCCUCAUGCCCUAUGCACACAGGGGUGAGACAUCCUAUGGCAGCUCUCAGCGACUUGGGGGGCGCACAGGUGAGACAUCGCCAACACUCACCGCUAACCCUGGGGGCUCCUACCUGAAACAGCACCCUUGGCCCCCCCCCCCCACGGGUACCAUGCAGUUUCCUGCUAGAUCAUACCCAGAGCACAUGCACAGCCCAAACUCAGAGGCCCAGUGACCACACAGCUGACGCCCAGAGCCUCCACUACUGCCCAAGGUCAGCCACAGGGAUGACGUGACCUUUGCCCCAGCAUCUCCCACUCCAUUUUCAUGGCUCGCACUCUCUCAUGUGGCAGAGCUUGACACGGUGAAAACCAAACCAGAAGGAGCAUGGGCUCAGUUGCCACACUACAAAAAUGCUUGGUGAAUAGGACUGGGGGAGUGGUAAUGUUUGCCUAGUGGUUAGAGCUGAGAGUGAGACCAAAAUCACUGCUUCUGGUCAGGGAGAGGGCCUUGCUGUGCUGGGCUCCCCUCUCAGCCUCAGGCCUGGACCCUCAACUGGGCCCGAUCCUAGUCAGCUGGCCUAUAAACAUAGGCCAUUCGUCACAGAGGAAUGGGGAAGGGGGGGUGGCUGUUGGGGAGCACCUCCCCCUUGCUAGGGACGCAUUCACUGAAUGUUUCAGGAGUAGACUGGGCAGCUUCUCAGAGAUUAUAUAGUGGGCCCUGGAACAACAGGGAAGACUAGGCAAAGAUGGCCUGAGUCAAGGGAAACACCAUCUUGGCCCCGGAGCCUGGGAGGGGAACCCACUAGGAGAGAAACAACUUGCUUCAGACUAGAGGGAGAGAGCUCAUGGGAUUGUGGACCCUGAAGGUGCUAAUGGAUGGCAACAAAGCUGCUUUUCAGAGGAAAUUGAGUCUCAGAAAUGUUAAUGAGCUGGGGUUGGGGAGGAAGGGACAAGGGAGGGGAAAGGGGGUGGGAAUCUGGCCACAGCCUUUGUUCAUCCUCAGUUGUCAGGGUUGAGGGAGAGAGUGGGUCAAAGUCCUGCUUGUCAUCUCUCGUUGCUCCUUCUGCUGCUGGCUGUUUCAAGAGAACUGGUCUAUGGCCUCAGUUUCCCCUCUGCACAGUGGAGCUGGAGGUGAGCAGAAGAUUUAGACAAACUUGAUUUAUGUCUUGACUUGACUCACUUUACUUUUCACUACCCCACCAUGGCUUUUCCUAUCAGAGAAUUGGAGCCCUCUUUUUACUAGGCAACCACAGGUAGUUUGCUCAUUGGAAAGGGACACUUUUUUUUUAAUCAAUAAAAAGUAGAAAUUAUAGUUACCUUUCUGUUCUUCAGAAUCAUAGUAACUAUGAAACAUCAGAGCAGGAAGAAGCCUUGAAGGCUAUCACAUAGGCAAGCACAGUGGUACGAUGGAAAAAGACUCAAAAGUCAGAGGAUCUGAGUUCAAAAGAAUUUGAAAGCAAAAAAAAAAAAAAAAAAGAAUUUGCUUCUGAUGCUGACUCUGUGUAAAUUUGAGGAAGUUGUGUAACUCCCCUGGGCCUCAGUUUCCAUACCUGCAAAAUGAAGAGUUUGGACUGAUUUCUGAGGUCUCUUUCAACUUUUAAUGCUUAUGAUACAAAUCCCUUAUUUUUAUCUCGGGUGAUUGAGACCCAGAUAAGUGAAGUGAACCUCUAAUUUAGAGGUCACAGGAAGGAAAGGAUGCUGGUUAGUUCAGAGACCCAAUAGGAGGGGCUCACUGCCUGCUAGGAUUCCAGCCCCCCAGGAUCCAUAGGCAAUCCCAACUGCUGCUACUCACCCCCCACGGUGGCCCAAUAUUCCAAGCUGGGGGUUCCUGUACAAAAACCUGUGAGGAAUUAAAGAGGUCCAGCAGUGGGAGAGAAGAAGGGCAGAGAGGAAUCCUGAGCUAGCAUCAGGGAUUCAGACAAAGUAGAAGUCAGAAUUUAGCUCUACCAUCAACCUGCCUACACAAUCUGGGUCUCACUUUCUGCUCUAUCAGGAGGGGGUUGGACUAAGGCUUAGGCUCUCCUAGAACUGAUCUUGGGCUCUGUGCUCUUAAGCCCCUGCCUGUGAUAACUUUCCCUAUUUAAAAGAAUGGUUCACAAUUUCCUCCAUCCUGAUCUCAGAACUCUGGCUCAUAUCACACUCAGCUUCCUCCUAACACCAUUUUUUGCCUUUGGUUAAAGGAAAACCGAGACAUGAUUCUUCCUUUUAGAGAUAUACCAGUCCUGUCCCAGGGGAUCCACAAAUGAAUGUUGAUGGAGCAGGGGCCAGUCAAAGCUGCUAACAAAGACUGGUGUGAUCCUCCCAACUCUGGGGAGAGCAAGGGAAAGGGAGCAGAGCAGAAGGUCUGGACACUAGGGCUGCUAGGCUGAAACCCCAACAGCGAGGGGCAAGGAGUUUGAAUUAGGACAAGUCAUCCGCUCUGGAUCUAAGUCUUGUUUUCUGGAAAAGAGGAGAGUCCAACCUUCCUUCUUUCUGCCCUUUGCAAACAACAUAGAUGAGGACUUCUUUUUUAUGAGACAAGAAGUCUUGAAUCCCCUGGGGCCAAAAAAUUGAUUGACUGUGGGCAAGAACAGUGGACUAAUUCCUAUUGCCAUCCGAUUUUUCUCUCUUGCAGAAGAGGACAUAAGUAAAUCCCUUUUUGGCCCCCUCCUCCUAAAAUACCUUGUCUCCACACUUGAUUUUCUGUAUAAAAGCAUGUGUGAUCUCUC